AUGUCGCUUCACCUCUUGUCCCUCCUGUUGGCUGCUGUUCCAACCACAGCGGCACCAUCUACUCAACAUCACGUUUCGCCAGUUACGGUAAAUACAAGCUCUGGUAUCUUUGCACCUGUUUUCACCGAUUCGCAACCCAAAGUUGCUUCGUUUUUGGACAUUCCCUACGCUGAAAACCCCAUUGGACCUCUCCGAUUUUCACCGCCCGUCGCGAAAAAGCACGCAGGAAAAGAGGUCGCCAAAGCGACCAAGUUGCCUACUGGUUGUCUCCAGUAUGUUCUACCGAAUCUCAGAGGCACCAUCACGGACGGCCCCGUUACCGCUGCCUCAUUUCAGCGAGGAGAUUACUCCAACACAACGGAGGAUUGCCUCCGACUCUCCCUGUUUGCACCCAAGAGGACAGUUGAGGAGACGGUAUCGACAGCUUACACACACCAUGACUCUUUACCUGUCAUAAUUUGGAUUCAUGGUGGGGGGUAUAGCUUCGGGGGUACCAACGUUCCUUUCCAGCUCGCCUCUAACUGGGUUGAACGCAGCCAGAGACAUAUAGUUGUCCAAGUUCAAUACCGUCUCAAUCUCCUUGGUCUCCCCAAUGCUGCUGGUCUAGCCAAAGAUGGAAAGAAUUUGAACUUGUCUUUUCUUGAUCAACGCCUCGCCGUUGAGUGGGUGCGUGACAAUAUCGCUCGGUUCGGCGGGGAUCCCUCCCGCAUCACUCUUUGGGGAGAAAGCGCAGGAGCGUACUCUGUGGACAGCUAUCUGUUUGCUUGGCCUCGAGAUCUCAUUAUCAAAGGCGUCAUUGCCGACUCAGGAAAUGCGGUGGCCAUUGAAAGCAUCUUGUCUGACUCUAACAACCACAGUGCAUUCUCAGUGGCUGCGAGACGUCUUGGAUGUGGCGGUUUAUCACCCAAGGAGGAGCUAGAGUGUAUGCGUCAGAUGCCCGAAUCCAAGAUCAAGGCGUAUUUGCAAGCAGAUAUUGGCAAGGGAGGUGCCGCUGAUGAUGGGUUAAUGUUUGGAACCAUUGCGGACAACGUCACCAUCUUUGCUAAUUACACCGAGAGAAUCGGAAAGGAUCCUUCCAAGUACCCAACUCACAUUCCCAUGUUGAUCGGCACCAAUGCCAACGAAGGAGCCGCAGUCGUCCCAUACGACUUUGAAGGGAGCAAAACCGCAACUGAACUACCUGGCGACCUUGCCAAGAUAGCUCAGGGUUUUGGACUGAAUCUCCAAUGCACAACGCUGAAAGAAGUCAGGCUUCGCUCAGAGGCUGGGGCAACAACAUACCAAUACCUUUACGCUGGCAACUUCACCAACAUCUCACCUCUGCCAUGGCUAGGGGCGUAUCAUACCGCCGAGCUGCCUCUAGUCUUUGGCACAUACGAAAUUGACGGGCCAUCGACUCCCUUUCAGAGACGCGUUAGUAAGCGAAUGCAGGACCUCUAUCUCAAGUUUGCUAUCGAUCCAGCACAUGGACUGCAAAAGGCUGGAUGGCAACGGGCAACAGAGGAACUGGACAGGUCUAGGAUUGUUGAGUGGGCUGCAGAUGGCAAGGUUGAGCAAGCGUUGAGUGCCAAGGGCCUCCGAGAUGAGUGUAUCAGGAAUGGCUUCGCUGUGUAG